AUGUCUACCCACGAUAAUAUUACUGCUGAGCAAGAAAUUCAGAAGACUUUAAAGCUAUGCAACUAUUGCACAAGAUUCAUAGGCAUGUCUUUAAUCGACGAAUUACCAAAAAGCGUAUUUGGUAAUCUUCGGAAAUACAUGUGCUUUUUAGGAACAAUGAUCAUAUUGAUUUUAAAAGAAGCUGGCCAAAUAAGCUAUGCCAUAACAAAGCUAGCAUCAUCUGCUUCUGUUGCGGAUUUUGUAGCAGGCUUACAUAUAAUUGGCUACGAUUUCAUAAGCUUAUUGUCCGUAGGGUCAAUGCUGAGUUCAGACAUUUUAUUUAUGACCAUGGCAAGUCACAUUAGCAUGUUACUUCGACUAUUACAAGACAGAAUUCGUCGAUUGGAAAUGAAAGAUAACAAUAAUUGUUACGACGAAAUAACUUCACUAAUUAAAAUUCAUCAGAGAUUAAUUACGUAUGGGGAAGACUUGGAGAAUGCUUUUUGUCUAGUCAAUCUUAUUAAUGUUGUUUUGAGUUCCGUAAAUAUUUGCUGUGUGACUUUUAAUAUUAGCUCCGGCUUGGCCACCGCAGUUUACGAUAGCGGCUGGUACCAGUGUGAUGUUCGCAACCAGAGAGUGCUCUUAACUAUAAUUCAAAGAUCCCAGAAACCUCUUUAUUUCACAGCGAUGAAAUUCAGUCCCAUCACUAUGUCGACUUAUAGCUCGAUACUUACCACUUCUUAUUCGUAUUUUGCUCUAUUAUACACAAUGUAUCGAAGCAAU